AUGGGCAACCAUGUAAACAACAUCUGCAAUAAAAUCAGCACUGGCGUCUAUGUUGUUAAACGCAUUAAAUGGGUUGGCACUCAGGAAGCGGCAAAAAUAACAUACUACGCUCUAGUAGAAUCUCAUAUUAGAUAUGGUCUUACAAUCUGGGGAAGCUCCUCGGGAAAUCUGAAGAGAGUACUGCGCUCUACAUCUGUGAAGCCAUUUUAUAUGCAGACUCACAUGGACCUUCACAGUUACCCCACACGCCAUGCCUCUAGAUUCGUCCUACCCCAACAUAGAACAGCCCUCUUCGAGAAAAACCCGUCAUACUUAGGCCAAAAACUGAAAAACCUCCUUCCAGACCACCUCCGGACCCUGACUGGCAACAGACUGAAGAGCUUGCUUAAAGAAUUCCUGUUGAAGAAUCCUGUGUACAAGAUAGAAGAGUUCUUGGAAUUAAUGAACAUAUCUCCUUAAUUCUACUUAUUGUAACUUGACAAAUUACUGUUCUUAAUGUUCAUGUAAUAAAUAAAUAAAUAAACAGUUUAGUUUGAUUUGACAAUGUUA